AUGUGGUGGUAUUGGCAAGGUACUAAUCCACAUGAGGACAUUCUAGCUUAUAUGAAGAAAAACUAUCCACCAGAUUGGACUUAUGCAAAUUUUGGUCCACAGUUUCGUGCGGAUCUCUAUGAUCCAAAUGAAUGGGCUGAUUUAUUUGCUGCUUCUGGUGCAAAAUACGUUGUUCUUACUAGUAAGCAUCAUGAAGGUUAUGCUAUGUGGCCAUCGACAUUUAAUUUUAAUUGGAAUUCAAUGCAUGUUGGUCCAAAACGAAAUUUACUUGGAGAUCUAGCUGUAGCUAUUCGAAAUCGAACAAAUCUUGUCUUUGGUUUAUAUUAUUCAUUGUUUGAAUGGUUCAAUCCAGUCUAUCUACAAGAUCAAUCUAAUAAUUUCACCACUCAAUACUUUCCAGAAGCACAUGAUACCUAUUGGAAGGCUUCUCAAUUUUUAGCUUGGCUCUACAAUGAAAGUCCUGUGAAAGAUACUGUCGUUGUCAAUGAUCGAUGGGGUAGAGAUACUCCAUGUAAACAUGGCGAUUUCUAUACCUGUACAGAUCGUUACAAUCCGGGAUAUUUAAUUGAGCAUAAAUGGGAAAAUGCUUUUACGAUAGACAAAAUAUCAUGGGGUUAUCGUCCUACUGCUAAUAUUCAGGAUUAUAUGACGAUUGAAGAAAUGAUCAAAGAAGUAGUUAUUACAAUCAGCACUGGAGGAAAUGCCUUGAUCAAUGUUGGUCCCAACAUGCAUGGAAAGAUUCCACCAAUAUUUCAAGAACGUCUUCGACAAAUGGGUUUAUGGUUACAAGUCAAUGGUGAAGCUAUUUAUGCUACUAAACCAUGGAAGUAUCAAAAUGAUACCAUCAAUCCAAAUGUUUGGUAUACAUCAUCACAAGACAAUAAAUUCGUCUAUACUUUUCUUCUUAUAUGGCCAAAAGAUAGCACUGAAAUAAUACUUGGUGCUCCGUUGAGUUCUUCAAGAACAAUUGUGACACUUUUGGGUUCAACUGCUGAUUCACUUCCAUGGCAUGUAGCUAGUGGAGAUCGUGGUAUUGUGAUCGAUGUUUCAGCAAUCAAACUUCAUUUACUACAAAGUGAAUGGACAUGGGCAUUCAAACUAGAGAAUAUUAGUGGUUAA